GGCUUAUGUUUGAUGUCGGUACACAAGACAUUAUUUAAAUCCAAGUUCAGUAUAAUCUACGAAUCAAUCCUAAAGGGAGAGGAACAAGAUGAUGCAGUCUGGGAAGAACUUUUUCUCAUAAAAGUGAAUGUUGGUGCUUUUGAAGACCUAUUCAGCAAACUCUCCUCGAAUGAACUUAUCCAACUUAAGAGCUCUAUAAACAAGUUAUUCAGAAAAUGUGUGGAUGGUCUAAAGGAGGAACAUAGCAUCAAAUCCUUAAAUAUAUUAAUGACCCUGUCAUGUCUUGUACGAUGUGUUUGGAGACGCGAUCUUGGUGAAGGAUUUCGAGCUGUUGAUGUUCUUGUCGGGUUUGAUGAGGCAGAGCAGAUCAUGUCGAGUUUGAUAGAACAGCUCCACAAAAUUCUCAUCUCCAAUCAGCUGCAAGAGCUCAAGUACUAUGCUCUGCUAUUUCUCAAAAUCUUGACAAGUGUGUCUGAUAAUAUCUCUCAAAAUACUAUGGUAGAAUAUCUUAUGUUACAUUCGUUGUGGUUCAGUUUCUGUAAAGUGAUUGUAACACCAAGUGUAAGAAGCAAUCUUGGUUCUCAUUCUCUCUCCAUUCUGGCACUCUUGCUCAACUACAGAAAAAACGAGUAUAGUAACCCCUACAGUAUAAAAGUAGCCGGUUGUGAUGAUGAACUCUUGCUGAAUGGGUUUGGGGAAAUCUUGCUGAAUUACAUCAACAGAUAUAACAACACUGCACUGGCUGUCAGACAAGCUUCUAAUCAGUCGUACUCCGAGUACAUUUCAUCUUGGAUUUAUUGGACGUACCCUUCAGUAGAAGAAGAAAAAGAUCUAAAAUUAGAUCUGUCUCUGUUACUCUGCCUUUACGAGAUAGUACACCUCAACAGAAGUUUUACCACUGUUCUUACUCAGACAAUGUCCUCUUCGACUGGAGACGAUGCAGACGGUGAGAAGCAGAAAUCGGAAGAAUGUCACAGUAACCUCAUCUCAACGUUCUUGACAUUCUCCUCUUUGAUAUUCUCGAAUGUUCGAGACAAUCUUGCAGCAGCCCAGUUGUGUUUUGACAUACUGCUCUGUGUCAGCGAGGAUAAUUACGCAAAUGCUUUCAUGCAUGACGAAAACCAAGUCUUCCCUGUCUUCAUAUAUCGGACGAAAUUACGGCACAGAAAAGACAACAAGAAAGAGCUGACUGCAAUGUCGCUUGCUUACAUACUUCUCGAUCUAACAUCAGAGUUCUUGAUGACAAAUCUCACAAAGAAUUUCCCCUUCGAAUUAUACAGCAAAUGUUAUCGAGUGAUUCACCGAAUAUUAUGCUAUCAAAAGAAGUGUCGUGUAAGACUGAACUAUCCCUGGGAAACACUCUGGAAUUCAAUUAUAUCAGCUGUUAAGUGGUCCAACUCGCUGAAACUUGAUGAUCCUGAAAUUAUCAACAAUUACAUACAGGUAGGCCGAAUAUUCAACAUGUUUGUGAUGUACGGUGAUACCUUCCUACCUAAUCCUGGAUCUUACGAUGAACUAUACUACGAGCUCCUCCGACAACAUGGUGUAUUUGACGCACUCAACGAGACUGGUCUCAAAUACCUAGAUAAGGGCAAUACCCACAAAGAAGCCUGCAAGGAAUUACUGUCUAAUCUACACAACGUCCGUGCUAUCGUAAACCACUUCUCUCCUAAAAUAGAAGCUUGGUCAACAGCCAAUAAGAUAUCUACUCCUACUCCUGAAGAGGUGAUGGAUAUUGUAAGAUCUAACUACGAUACACUAACUCUAAAGUUGCAAGACGGACUUGAUCAUUUUGAGCGUUACAGCGAGGUCCCUAAAGAGCAACAAUUCUUCACUAAUCUGAUCAGAAAAAUCACCAAGGAUAAGCGAGAAUCGACGACAGUACAGAUUGAAACGACAGCGUACCAUAAGUUUACCACCGUCAGUAACAUCGGACAAUGUUGAGUAUUUGAUAUUGUGUUUUGAAUUUGAAGCUUUUUUUUUCUUACCACUCAAAGAAGCAAAAUAGGGAUGAUCAACUUGUUUUUGGAUAACUUAUUAUGAAUACUGAAAAGCAAUGGCUUUUGUCCGGGGAGCUUUCCAAAGAAUUGAUAUAAACAAAAAUUCAGUCCAGCAAGGCGCUUUAUUUUGUUGAAUGAGGGAAUUUUGACGAUGUUUUGUACUAUUUAAAUCGUUGCUUUUAUGAUAUAUUACUAAGCAUGACUUUUUCCAAAAGUGUUAACUGAUAGGUAACCGCAAGUUUAUAUAGCAUGAUACUAAAGACCUUUGUUAUAUAGUAGGACAAGACCGGUUAUAGUUUAUUUUAUGUAUAAUUUAGAGUGAAUGAGUUUUGUUUGAAUGUUUGAGAUGUACACAAAUUUCCAAUUUAAUAAUUCUUCAAUUGUGUCAAUACCGUCAAGC